AUGGCCAAUUGCUCCGACCUGCCCUUCUCGCCGCCGCUCAACAUCCAAGUGAACCUCACGGGGAAGGAGGACUGGCAGGUGAGGGCAGGGGAGAGGGAGGUGUGGGUAGGAGGACUGACAGCCCCUAUUCCAAAUGGACAGUGGCGGGUGCAAGGCAUGCGGCAUAUACGAGAAGGGCCGCUUUUCCAAAUGGACAGUGGCGGGUGCAAGUCGUGCGGCAUAUACGAGAAGGGGUGGAUAGCAGACAGCCCCUACCUGCUCUUCCCGCUCUGCGAGUCCAACUUCUCAACCCCCAAGGGCCACUCGCCCGCCCCCGGUGCCGCGGGCUUUGGGGAGCUGCUGCUGGCGGACCCAACGGGCACUGUAGAGUUUGUGCUCUCGUGCCCUGCUUGUGUGAGGGACUUGGAAAUGAGCACAGGCGAUGUGGUGCUGCGGGCUUUGGGGAGCUGCUGCUGGCCCGACCCAAAGGGCACGUUCGAGUUUGUGCUCUCGUGCCCCGCAUGUGUGAGGGACCUGGAGAUGAGCACAGGCGAUGGUGAGUUGAGUGGUUAA